AUGAUGGACGCAGAUAUGGAUGUCCCUAUGCAGGACGCAGUUUCGGAUCAAUUGAACCCGUCAAUCAUGGAGGACUCUGGUACGGCGCUGCAACACACGGUUUCAAACACAAACGAUAACAACAGCAACAACAAUAAUAAUAUUAGUAGUAGUAAUAAUAAUCAUAAUAGUAACACUCACGGUACGAACAGUAAUGACAACGACGAAGACGAUGAUGACACGUAUAACGACAUCGAGUUCAAGCCCGGUUCCUCAGGGAUAGCGGACCACAAGUCGUCGAAGCCCCUCGUGUUGAACAACUCCAGUAUAAACCAGCUGGAUUCCUGGAUUGAGAAACUUGCCAAAUGCGAAAACUUGUCCGAGGACGACGUGGGGAGACUGUGCAAGAUGGCUGUCGACGUACUGCAGUUCGAGGAGAACGUGAAACCCAUAAACGUGCCAGUGACGAUAUGUGGGGACGUCCAUGGCCAGUUCCACGACCUUAUGGAACUGUUCAAGAUAGGUGGGCCCUGCCCAGACACGAACUACUUAUUCAUGGGGGACUACGUCGACAGAGGGUACUACUCAGUGGAGACAGUCUCGUACUUGGUAGCAAUGAAGGUCAGGUACCCUCACAGAAUCACCAUACUGCGUGGGAACCACGAGUCCCGGCAGAUCACACAGGUGUACGGGUUCUACGACGAGUGUCUCAGGAAGUACGGUAGUGCAAACGUGUGGAAAAUGUUCACGGACUUGUUCGAUUACUUCCCGAUCACGGCAUUGGUCGACAACAAAGUGUUCUGCUUGCACGGCGGGUUGUCCCCCAUGAUCGAGACAGUCGACCAAGUGCGCGAACUUAACAGGGUGCAAGAGGUGCCUCACGAGGGGCCCAUGUGCGACCUGCUGUGGUCAGACCCAGACGACAGAGGCGGAUGGGGGAUCUCCCCGCGUGGGGCAGGGUUCACCUUCGGCCAAGAUAUCUCGGAACAGUUCAACCACACGAACGAUUUAUCGCUUGUGGCGAGGGCACACCAGCUCGUCAUGGAGGGGUACGCCUGGUCCCACCAGCAAAACGUCGUCACCAUCUUCAGCGCACCGAACUACUGUUAUAGAUGCGGGAACCAGGCUGCGAUCAUGGAGGUAGACGAAAACAACAACAGACAGUUCCUACAGUACGACCCGUCAGUGAGACCGGGCGAACCCACCGUCAGCAGGAAAACACCGGACUACUUCCUGUGA